AUGCCUGUCUCGACUUCGGAAAUGCUGGGCGGCGAACCAGGGGCCGGGGAAGCAGGUAUUAAACCAGCGUUGGAAGAACAGAGCCCGGUGCAUGAAGAGUUCGCCAGCUUUGGUGGAGCAGCUACUCAGGUUUUAAAAUGUGGCCCCUGGAAGAAUCUCUGGGGAAAUGCAAAUGUUCCAAGACUCUUAUUUUUAGUCAUCCCGGGCAAUCCAGGAUUUGCUGGCUAUUAUCGGACAUUCAUUCAGGCUUUGUACGUGGGCCUAAAUCGGCAAUAUCCUGUUUGGGUUGUAAGUCAUGCAGGACACUGUAAAGUCCCUCAUGACUUGGAAAUUGUGGAAGAGGCAGAUGUUAAAGAACUGGAUGAUAUCUUUGGACUUCGUGGACAAGUUGAACACAAGCUGAACUUCCUCCGAAAGAAAGUACCCCAAAACAUGAAGCUUGUGCUCAUUGGCCACUCAAUCGGUUGUUAUGUCGCUCUUGAAAUGAUGAAGCAAGCACCAGAGCUGGAGGUCUUGCGCUGCAUGAUGCUGUUCCCUACCAUAGAGCGCAUGGCGCAGUCCCCACAAGGCAAGCUCAUGACACCCUUGCUCUGCCAGCUUCGUUAUGUUCUCUACAUGCCGAUAUACCUGGUGACGCUUCUCCCAGAAAUAGUAAAAAGUUCCCUGGUGCGCUUAGUGCUGCGAGCGCUGAAAUUCCAUGACGAAUCGACGAUCGUGGCUUCUGUAGACCUGAUCAACAUGAACUGUGUUGCAAAUGUCAUGUACUUGGCAAGUCAAGAGAUGAGGAAGGUUGUGGAGCGAGACAGCACUACCAUAAGACAGCACUUAAAGAAGCUGACUUUUUACUAUGGAGCUACAGACCAGUGGUGCCCGGUGCAAUACUAUGAGGAGAUGAAGAUGGAGUUUCCAGACGGAGACAUCCGAUUGUGUGAGAAAGGAAUCCGCCACGCUUUUGUCCUCGAAGCCAGCGAGGAAGUAGCUGCUAUGAUCACCGAGUGGCUACAGGAUGAUCUAGUCGGACUGUAAACGGUGAAGCAAUGGAU